AUGAGUUUCCUAUCAUCAAUAGGGCAGUAUGUGGCUGAUAUAGCAGACAACGUGGCCGGGCUCGCUUUGUCCCCGCGACGCGCACCACCGUUUCGUCAUCGUUCUGCUGAAGAGUCACAACAAAAGCCACAGACUUCAGCGGCUACAAUGAGAGGAUUUCCACGAGUAUUACCUACUGAGGGUGCGGCUGCGCUAAGUUCGCGUCGACGUACGCUGGAUUGUCUAGCACCGUCUACGGCGCCGCGUCGAGGUGGGUCGUUACGGGUACCGAGACAACCGCAGCCUCCGGAAAAGCCAACCAUGGCUUUCUGCAAAAGGCGUUUAUCUUGGCCGGAAGUCGACAACUCGGUUAAUUCGGGAGUUCAAGACACCGAUGGAUCUUAUUUCGAGAGCUUCACAGCUCUGUCAUGGCGUCAAGAAAAUAGGCGCUUAGCAGCUUUGCGAUUAGCUGAAGCAAGGGCUGAAAGACCACCGCCGGCACCUCAUGAUCUCGGCCUGCCGAGUGUGUCAGCGCAGCUAUCGCAUAAAGAACACGAACAUUUGUAUACUGAGGUUUUAUACUGCAUCGAAAACGCAGUAGGUGCACCAGCACCGGACGGACAAUUUGCCUCAUAUAAAGAAGAGGUAAUCGAAUACGCACGGCGAGCGUUCAAGAUACUGCCUGAAAUACAUGCCCGUGCUCUACGUGCUGCAGGCAGCGAGAGACCUCCAACUGUUGUGUUGGGCUGCGCUGUCAUUGAAGCUGAUGGACUCGAAGCUAAAGAUGCUAAUGGAUUCAGCGAUCCCUAUUGCAUGCUGGGAAUACAGCCGGCAUCUCUGCCUGCUUCGCCUCGCGCUUCGGAAGAUGAAGGUCGUAAACAUGGCUUCAGACUGAGCUUCAAGCGUCGUGAUGGUCGACAGCAGCGUGACAGUCUCGGCAGACUCCCAGCACGAUAUAUUCGGGCAACGAGCGUCCGACCUCAUACACUGUCGCCCAAAUGGAACGAGACAUUUAAAUUUGACAUCGACGAUAUAUCGUCGGAUGUACUGCACCUAGACAUCUGGGAUCAUGAUGACGAGAGCUCUGUACUGGAUGCGGUGUCACGCCUCAAUGAAGUACGUGGAGUUCGAGGACUCGGGCGCUUUUUCAAGCAAGUAUGCCAGAGCGCAAGACAAGGGAGCCAGGAUGAUUUCCUAGGAUCUGUUAACAUCCCACUACGAGAGAUCCCGUCGACGGGUGUUGAAGCUUGGUACAAGUUGGAGGCACGCUCUCAACGCUCCUCAGUUCAGGGGCGCAUCAGAUUGAGGCUCUGGCUAUCAGCGAGGGAAGCUGGCAGACACGAUGAUGAUAAUUGGCAGCAGGUGCGGCAACACGAGCGUCUGUUUGGCGUUCUUUUGGCUCACGAGGUUGAAACGGCUGCGAGUACAUCUACGGGCGGAGCGGAAUGCGAGAGCGGUGAAUGGGAGGGCGAGUUGUGUGGUGCGGCGCAAACGCUUUUGCACCAACACGCAGUGCAAGGGGAUAUGAGCUCGCUUCAAGCAGCAAUUGCGCGUUUUGCCGCCGCGUGCAAGCUCAACAGUGAAGCACCUCUUGACCCGAAGUACAUGUAUAAGCUACUGACCGAGUUGGAGCGGGCGUGGUGCGCGAGUGAGAGUCUUAGCUUAGAGAGCGGGAGCGGGAGCGGGGAUUCAGGAUCGGGCGUGACACGAGACGAAGAAAGGUGGCUCGCGGUCUGCUUCUGCGAGUUCGUGGAGCGAGCACUUCAUCAAAUGCGUUUGCAUCGAGACUUAUACCCCGUACUGCAUCACUUGAGUCUCAAUAAAUUGGAAUUCCUCUUACGUUGUCUUAAUCAGCUCUCGCAAAUGAAAGCAUUUUGGCGCUGCUGUCCUUUUAAUAAUGAAAUUAGGAGUGAGAUAGUAUGUGCGCUGCGCAAGGGCACUGCGGAGUGGUACGAGGCGCUGUGCGCGCAAGACACUGACUCCGAGCGCGGGGAAGAUCUCAUCAACCUCAUCACCCUCGUGCAGAUUGACCUGCAGCAGGGGCUCACAUACUAUCACCCCCUUUUCGAGACGACAAACAGUGUCCCAUACUUCAGCGUCGUCUUUACGCAAAUUGACAAAAUGGUAUCGGAUGACGUGAAAGAGUGCGUCGAGCUCUGGGUGACUGAGGGCUGGUGCGGAGUUGCCGAGGAAAUUAUUUACGAUGAACAUGGGAAUGGAAUCUGCGUGGUGUCAGCAAAAACUCUUCCGUUUGAGUUGUUGGCGGCCGUACGCGAGCUGUGCAGCGCCGCCGCGCCUUCCACGCAACACACAGCGCACUCCGCACACGAUCUGCCGCCGCAGCUACUUGAUGCCUACCAAUGGUUCGAGCCGCUGAUCGAUCGAUGGCUAGCAGUUACUAAAACCAUGGCGUUACAACGAGUACGUGCAGCGGUGGAGCUAGAUCGCUCAGUCGAAGGGGAGCAAAUUGUUAAACACAGCACCUCUUCAGUCGAUACAGCGGCAUGCUUAUACCACAUGCGAAUGGUAUGGCGCGCUAUCGGCGGUGCUGAAGAGGGAACUAUUGGGGGAGGCGUGAGGCUCCUAGAGGCAGCAUGUGCCACCGCACUUCAUUAUGCGGACCUCAUACACGGCGCUCUCGCCGAUCAGGGUUUUUAUGAAAACCACGGACAAAAUAAAACUACGGAGGAGAUAUGCACAAUUGUGAACAAUUUGGAGUAUGUGCGCCGCUCGCUCUCCGAGUACGACGAUGAACACAUUGCUAGCGAUGAAAACGCUCGUCAGCUAGUCCGCGGCGCGAUUGCAACGCUGGAGUCCCGCUCGAACCGCGCCGCGGGGCCGCUCGCCGCACGAGCUCGGCCACCACUACGUAAGGCGGUAUUCCAUCUUGCCUGGUCCCCUGACACAUUACCUACGCCACAGGCUAUAACUCCACUACUGGAGUACUUGGAUCAACAUUUAUCAUCAUUGAACACAUGGCUACUCCCGAGAGCAUUCGUCCGAGCUUUAGCCGGUAUUUGGAGCGCAGUGCUAAAGGAGGUGUCUACCCAAGCUGAUGCUGGUGGUGCGGAGAAGCCAAGAGUUUACCACCACAGAUUAAGAGAAGCUCUGGAUUUAUUGGCGGAAUUCUUUCAUGCCGAAGGAAAAGGAUUGCCAAUGCCAGAGGUACAGAGUCCGGAGUGGGCCCGCUUAGAGCAGCGCAUGCAGUACCACCAGGCGCCAAGCGAGGAGCUGCUCGAGCUGUGGCUGGCGGACCGGCUUCAAGAACAGAUGCGCACGCCACUCCCCUCGCCCUAUGGCUCCAUAAUGAUCAGAGUGUACUACAACCACGACUCGCUGUGUGUGGAGGUGUUGUCUGCCCGGGACGUGAUCCCGCUCGAUCCAAACGGCUUGAGUGAUCCCUUCGUUGUGCUAGAGCUGCUCCCGAAACGACUUUUCCGGAAAACUCCGGAACAGAGCACAAACGUGCAGAAGAAAACCCUGAACCCGGUGUGGGACGAGUGCUUCGAAUUUGGCGUGUCGCUAGAGGCGUGCAAGUCCCCGCAAGCGACGCUGGCGCUGUCCGUGUGGGACCGCGACGUGCUGACAGCGGACGACUUCGCCGGCGAAGCCUUUGUUUCGCUAUCACGCGUGCCCGGCGUCAACUGUCACUCGCCUCCCGACCCGCUGCGACCUAUUGAAUUACCGCUCAUGCAGCUGCACGACCGAUCUCACCCCAUCCUGCAGAUCUUGGAAUCGCGAACGACGGACAAACUGGCGCUUGAUUUCGUUAAGAAACAAAAAUUACGUUUUGCCGAACAGUAA